UGAUGGGUUCUGAUGGGUAAUGAUGGGUAAUGAUGGUUUCUGAUGGGUAAUGAUGGGUAAUUAUGGGUUCUGAUGGGUAAUGAUGGGUAAUGUUGGGUAAGGGAGUCUUCCUGUGGGCGCCAGCGGUAACAAAACCCUCGUGUAUACAUGCAAUUUAACUUGGUAAACUCAGAUGUUAUAUGCAGAUGGUAGCUAAUACUUGGGGGUGAACAAACAUGGAAAGGACAUGGACACAUUUGCACUUCUUGAAAACAGACAGCGAGUGAGCCCGAGAGCUGUGUAACACCGCAGCUUCCCUUUGGAUUAAUUGAUUGCUUUUCAAGUGAAAUGACACACAGAUUAUGAGAAGGUAAGGCUCGGCUUUAUUGUUAUUGUUUGUUGUUCGUUUAUAUAACAGCAGGUUUCCAAUGGGUGAUGAACACACGUGUAUAUAAUAAUGCAGGCUCGAUGUGUUUAGAGAUGACUUGUUGUGAUAUUUACUGAUAGGGAAUGAAUGAAUGAGGAAUGAAUAGAGAAAUGUGGUGUUUGAUGAUGUUAUGUCAGGUAGUAAAGAGAGAACGUAAUCGGGAACACCGAACCAAACUGACUCGUGUUUUUCACAAGUCUCUGUCUUCAAGUACAGGUCAAGUCUCGAGUCUUUUUUUUGUGACUUAAGUGCAAUUCAAGUCCAAGUUGCAGACUCGAGUUUCCAUCUCUACCAUCUAACCCUGGUGUAUGACAUAUAGAACCAUUGCUGUUGUAAUGUAUAUUGUAAAGUUUGCGAGACAGAAAGAGAGUUAUUGUGAAGUGGGUAAUGUCCGUACAUGCAUAUGUGCCACACUGACCUUCUUUCACCCCACAAAGGCUGAGAAAAAGAAGAAAAAGUGAUAUUCUAAAAAUUCACUAGAUACUAGCUGAUAGCAUAAGCCAUGUGUGAUAGGCAUCUGGACUUGUACUUGUGGACAUGUAGUGGGGCGGCUGUGUCUCAGGUGGUAGAGCGGGUCGUCCACUAAUCGUAGGGUUACCGAAGUGUCCUUGGGCAAGAUGCUGAACCCCAAGUUGCUCCCGAUGGCAGGUUAGCGUCCUGCAUGGCAGCUCUGCUGUCAUUGGUGUGUGAGUGUGUGUGAAUGUGUGUGUGUGUGUGUGUGUGUGUGUGUAUGAGAAACAGUGUAAAGUGCUUUGUAGGACAGCUAAGGCUAAAAAGCGCCAGAGAAUUUAUCUUUUAGUUUGAGACUAUGCCGAUAUUAAUGGUGUCCUGUAAAAUCAAAAUCCACUGAUCAUGAGCCACUGCAUUCAUCUGUGCUAGAAGAAUAUGUAAAUAAUAUGCAAAUAUUCAAUUUAUGCAUAAAAUGUCUGUGACUGUGAAACACACAGGCCAUGCCCACAUUUACUGUACUGCCCCUUUAAUGUGUGAAACAUCACUUCCUUUCUCUGUAUCUUGUGUGUGUGUGUGUGUGUGUGUGCGUGUCUGCAGUGUAUAUGUCUCUGGAGUGUGUGUGUAAGGGGGCGUGGUUUAGCUAUACUAUAAGCUGUUCUCUGCUGAAGUUUGCAGUCAGUAGUUCUGAGUUCUGAAGUGUGAACACCAAGCCGCUAUCAACACCAUGCCGACUGAGCUUCCUGUCACACUGCGUGUUUUCUCCCUGAACUGCUGGGGACUCCGGUUCUUCAGUAGUCACUGUUCUGAGCGUUAUGAGACGAUUGCUGAUCAUCUGAAAAGGGAAAAUCACGACAUUGCUUUACUUCAGGAGGUUUGGAGUGAGAGAGAUUUUCUCUUUCUGAAGGGGAAGCUGAGCAAGUCUCACCCUAACACACACUACUUCAGAAGUGGCAUGGUGGGAAGUGGACUUGCUGUAUUCUCUAAACACACAAUCCAGAAUGCUGUACUCCAUCAAUACUCUCUCAAUGGACAACCGUACAUGGUGCAUCAUGGUGACUGGUUCGGAGGGAAAGCGGUGGGAUUGGUGGUUCUGAAUGUGAUCGGCCUGAGGGUUAAUGUUUACGUCACACAUUUACAUGCAGAAUAUUCUAGAGCUGAAGAUGAAUAUCUGGCUCACAGGAUUCUGCAAUCAUGGGAGCUGCUGCAGUUCAUCCGUCACACGUGGAGCGAGGCGGACGUGCUGGUGGUGGGGGGGGAUUUGAACAUGCACCCGGAGGAUUUGGGGAAUCGACUCCUCCGAGCUUACACAGCACUCAGAGACUGUUAUACACACACACACAUGUUCAAUGGCUGUGAAGAUGGACACACUCUAAUAGCAGAUAAUCACUUCACCAAAAAGGAUGAUCUCAUUCCUUUUGAGAAAGGCAUCAGGAUCGACUACAUACUCACCAAGGGGUCUGGCAGUGUGAACAUUAAGUGUGUAUCCAUGUGCACCACUAAAGGCUCAGUGCCGGAAAAAACAUUCCCUUAUUCUGAUCACGAGUCCCUCACUGUUGAACUCACCCUGCAGCAUUUGGAUGGAAACACAACUGAGACAGCAUCAUCACUAAGUGAGCAGGUCGAUGUAACAGAUGAAUCCUGUGAAGUUGUGAAAAAAGGUGUAAUUCAUGCUGAAGCCCUGCAGCUGAAGGCCAUUCAUCUGCUAAUGGCUGGUCUGUUGUUCAUCGCUCUUCUUCCAUUCUUCCUAUGUGCUGGAAUCUUCUUAUUUUCCACUGUGGCAUUUCUGGGAGCACUGUGUGUUGGUGUUACGGUGUCUGGGGCACUCCUCUACAUCCUCUUUUCCAUACAAAUUAAAGCUCUGAGAGAAACUGAAGCUCAAAUGAAGCUGAACUUAGCAUAUCUUUCACAGGUAAAAAACUCUGCAUCUUCAUUAGAUGUUCACAAUGACCUUCAGUCUCCCAGCAACUCAAAAAAAGAUGAAUAA